GGCUACAGGGGGAUAUAUUACUAAAAGCCAGCAGUGUCAUUGGUAGAGAGUGGAGAAACGCUGCUUUGGCUGAUAUUCAAUAUUAACACUGUGAGACACGCCUGGGGAACUAUUCUCUCUGGUCAUCGACUGUUUUUGUUUUGAAAUAUAUUUUCAUAUUAUCCAAAAACUAACCCACUAAAUCUUGGACGACAGUGCACUACUCAAGAUUUAGAGGAAUAUUUUGCAAGGGAAACAGUUUUGUUGAUCCUCUCUCACUUCUUUCACAACUAAACGGGAACGAAGUUGCCAUGGAAACAGUUCUCUUCUUCUGUUCGCUCCUUGUCUAUGUAGCUGCUGCAUCUGAUGCCAGCGCGCAAGAGGGGAAAAAAGUAUUGGAUCCAUUUGAAUAUGACUACGAGAGCUUGAGGAUUGGUGGUCUGGCAUUUGCUGUGGUGCUCUUUGCUUUGGGCGUUCUCCUCAUCCUCAGCAGGAGAUGCCGCUGCAGUUUUAACCAGAAGCCCCAGAGGGCUCCAGGUGAUGAGGAGGCCCAAGCAGAAAACCUGAUGGUAGCCAAGGCUAAGGAAACCCCAAAAACCGAGAACUGAGAGUCAUCCAGAAACGCACAGCCGUGAUUGAACCACACUUUCCGAUGGCAACGAUGAUGCUGAAGCUGAUUCCAGUCCAUGGCUGUUGGAAUGGAGGGAGGCAGAAGAGGAAUGGGAGGAGAGCAUGGCUGGGGUUAGGGAUGGGCCAGUGUCAUGUAUAUAAACCUCUAGUCCUGUCAUGUGACCAGUAACUGUAUCUGUCUUUUUCUGUCUAUGCCCUUCUUGCGCCAGUUCGUAUAAAGUAAGCCGUUGUAGAGAAACUAGCCACUACUUGCAGAUUGUUCAUACUGCUAGCGAUUCUCCCCAGCUGAGCUCAUGUGUUUUGUAUAAAUCGUAGGCUUUCACCAUUAGUUUAUGUCUUAUUUUAUUUUUUGUUAGUGUUAUCAAUGGCGUGGUCACUCUUGUUAAAUGUCUAUCUGCUGUUUUCAUCUUGUAGAUCAUGUAGUUUAUAUUAAGACACAGGUUUACACAUGAUGCAGAUAUGUUAAAACAUAUUUGAAUAUACAUACAUGUGUGUAUGUGUAAGAGUCUAAGUGUGUGUGUGUGUGUGUGUGUGUGUGUGUGUGUGUGUAGGCGAGCACACAUGUGACAAUUGAAGCUUGAAAGAGUGUGCAUAUGCAUCUGUAUCUGUCCAUAGAAGUGAGUGAUAGUGUGUGUCUACACGCCUCCCUUCUGACAAUCUGACAAUUGCAGCACCCAGUUCAAACACAAGCACAGAAACAGUUCCACCACUGUACCACAGGGGGCACCACACCACUGUUCUCUAAAUCAGCUGCAACACUGCCCAGCUCUGUGCCUGCAUAAAGACCUGUGUGAGUCCACAGGAGCACUCCACCUCACCAUAGUGCCACUAAACUGUCCUCCACUCUCUCAAUUUACAUGUAGCGAUUAUGUCCACUCUUCUCAAACGACACAUUUCGCUACAAAUGUUCUGCUAUUCUGUGCAACCAAACCGUUGGUCUCAAUGGAGACGGUGUGCUUUUGUGUGUGUCUAUGUCGUGCCACACAUUACUUGUGGUAAAAAACCUGAGAGUAGUAGAUGUGCAGGUCAGUUUGAAAAGAGAAAAAUGUAUUUACCAUUUAGCACAUUUAUGCUGGAUAUAUCUUGAAUCAUGCAGUCAGGUACAAUGCUAAGUAUUUUAGAAAAUGCUGUGUUUAUUAGAGAAAAUUAUAAAUACAUAUUCUGUACUUCUUUGUGCAGCUGUAUUGUAUGGCCACAUUUUGUGCUUUUAAAUACCAAAUAAAGUCUGUGUCUAACCCAGGA